GAUCUCAGCGUAGGCGGUGAUUGGAGGAGCAGAGGUGACGGACCGCCCUCUCAGCCGCUCGGCGGAGGGGCUUGUUAGUUCCGGGCCGAGACGUCUAUGACCUCCGGAAUCCGAGUUCUUUUUCCUGAGUUAAUAUGGCUGCGGCCGGCGAGCGGUUGGGACCUCGGUGAGGAAAGGACGCGAGGCUUUUCCGAGUCUGUGCUCGCGAUCCCUCACCGAUGGCGCUCCGGUCGCGGUUCUGGGAGUGGCUGUCGGUCUGCAGGAACCGCGGGUGUGGGGUCGCAGCGCUCUCAACCAGUUCCAAGCCAGCGGUGAAGCCUGGAGUGGAUCCUCUGGAAAAUGAAGCCGUCGCGCCAGAGUUCACCAACCGGAACCCGCGCAAUCUGGAGCUCUUAGCUGUGGCCAGGAAAGAGCGGGGUUGGGGGACAGCGUGGCCCUCCCGUGAGUUCUGGCACAGGUUGCGAGUUAUAAGGACUCAGCAUCACGUGGAAGCGCUUGUUGAGCAUCGCAGUGGCCAGGUUGUGGUUUCAGCGUCCACUCGGGAGUGGGCCAUUAAAAAGCAUCUUUACAGCACCACAAACGUGGUGGCCUGUGAGAGCGUGGGACGGGUGCUGGCAGAGCGAUGCUUGGAGGCAGGAAUCAACUUCAUGGUCUACCAGCCCACUCCGUGGGAGGCAGCCUCAGACUCGAUGAAGCGACUACAGAGUGCCGUGACAGAAGGCGGUGUGGUGCUGCAGGAGCCCCGGAGAAUCUAUGAAUGAACUAGAAGCAUCGUUCCGAACGUAUGGAUAUAAAGCUGUGAGCUGUUACAUCCUUCAGAAGAGAGCAUCUGGAAGAACAGCCAGCUUGGAAGUUUUAUACAAUCACGUAACAGUGGAAUGUUAUUGCCAGUUAAGAAGGUCGUCCCUUUCACCCCGUGUGUGUGUGUGUGUGUGUGUGUGUGUGUGUGUGUGUGUGUGUGUGUAUUUUGUUGUUGCUCAUCAAGGGCUAAAUUCUUACCUUCUCUUGGACAGAAGUACCUGAGAAAAGCUGUUGCCAAUGAUAAUUAACUUUCGAAGGACAAAUUGUUUAUAAGCUAAAGAAUAAAUGCAUAUUAUGAACAC